GGAUAAACAUGUGAUUUUUUACGAUUCUUUUAUUCAUCAUCAUCAUCAUCAUCAUAAAAAUAUUCUGAUUUGACGUUUUAUUCAUCCAUCAAAUACAUCGAUUAUAAUAUGUCAUCAAUUUUCGGAAAUCAAUCAGAUUUUAGCUUGGAUACACAUUCUGUGUUGACCGAUUUGGAUCGUAGUCUUCAUUCAUCAUCUAUUGGUGAUCAAUGUGAAGGAAUCGUCAAAGUACCAUCAUUGUUUGAACGUUAUCCAUUUCCCAUUCUGAUCAACGCUGCAUCGUUAAAAUUAUCUGAAGUUUAUCAUGAGGGCAGUAAUUUUUUACGAAUAUUAAUAUUACAAGUUUUCAAAGAAAGUGAAAAACAUCUUGACAAGAUAUUGAAUAUUGAUGAAUUUGUUCGUCAUCUGUUCGCCGUAAGCUAUUCAAAUGAUCCAUUGGCUCGUUCGAUUACAUUGCAAACAUUGGGUCAUAUUGCUCGUAUAGUAUCGAACAAUAAAAAUAUCCACAAUUUUAUUCGUAACAGCCUGGAAUCGAACGAUGAACAAGAAGUUCAUGCCGCUAUCGAAGCUAGCGUACAGUUUGCUAUACAAUCGAAAGAAUUUGCACAGAAUAUCUAUCCAAAAGUCAUCUACAUGAUCGAAGGUUUGACCACAUCAAUGGACAUUAAGAUUUGUUUACUUGAAGUGAUAAAUAAUCUUCAUCACAAUUUCGCAAUAGUCGAAGAUGCACGUAACAAAUUGAUUUCAUUUCUUGAAAAAUAUCCAGAGAAAAAUUUUCUUUGUCAAAAUCUUCAUACAUUAACAUCGAUUGCUUCAUCAUCGAUUACUCAUAUACCUGAUCAAGUGGAAUUAUUGCUGGAUUAUUAUAUGAAUGAUCCUAGAAUUAGUGUCAAAUUAUCCGUAUUGAAUGAUUUAAAGAAUUUAGCUAAAGAUAGUGCACAUAUCUGGAAACCGGCAAGCAUAGCCAAAUUUAUUGAUCUAAUUUUUGCUAAUUUUGACCAGAAUAAUUUCUUCUCUGCAUUGAAUAAUAUGGAGAUGAAAGAAUUACGUUUAUUAUGCCGAUCAUUGGCCGUGUUAAGCGAACUGGUUGGUUCACCAUCGGUUUUCAUUGACAAUUCUCUUGUUUCAAUGGAACAUAUUACUAAAAUUGUCAAUUUUGGCACACAAAUCAUUUAUCAAUCAACUUUGCAUGCUAUGUUUGCCGAAAAUCUUCAAAUAUUUUUAAUAUCCAAAUGUUUCACCAUAUUGACCAAUAUCUGUUUACAUAUCGAUUCGAAAUCCAUUGAUAAUGUUGAUGUUCUUCAGGAGACGUGUGCUGCAUAUGAAUCAUAUUUUCUUGGAAAAUUUAACACCGAAAUUGAUGAUAAAAUAAGCAAAGAAGCUUUGAAAGAAAUAUUCAAAAGUUGUGUUACAUUAUGUCAUCAACGAGAAUCUGAGCCUAGCCAAGUGAUACAAAUAACCGAAGCAUUGAGAUUUAUAUUUUUAAAAUCCAAACCUAAUAGUUCAUGGUAUGAGAUGAUUUGUGAGACCAUAUGUUCGUUGUCUUUGGUGAUUCAAAAGAAUAGAAGCCUUACGUCGGAUGACAUAAUCGAUAUGAUCAGAUCGAGCCAAAAAUCUAAAAAGAAAUCAUUUCCCAAAAAUGAUAGACUUGCCAUCAAAUUGUUGAUCAUUUUUUUUCAAUUGAAAAAUGGUAGUGUGAUAAUGGAAAAAGAAUCUACCAUUCUGUUGGACAGUUUAUCCAAAUACAAUGCCUGGGUAUGUUACAAAAUUGUUCGUGCAGCAAUGCGUUAUGGCCAUCAUAAUUUUGCAACACAAUUAUUGAACAAAAUCAAACCAUCCACCGAAUCAAUUGAACAAUGUUAUUUCUGGAUCAAUAGUUUAUUGCAGAUUACUGAAGCCGAAGCAUCAUUAAUAAAUGAAGAUCUUAUUAAAUUGAAAAGUGAUGAAUUUUUAUCUGUCAAUUAUAAUUGUGAACAACUUGAACAUGGAUUAUUGAAAUGUAUAGCCAACUAUACACAAGGUUUAACAAAUUUGAAAGCUUCCGUCAGUAAUGUCAAACCGAUGCAAUUUCAAUGUGAAUAUGUUAGACUUCGUUUAAAAUAUCUUCAAGCACAUAAACAUUUUCGUCAAUGUUGUCAGAUGAUUCAAUCAUCACCAUGUCCAAUAUCACUUAUAGCCAAUGGUAAUCAAACGGCACAACAAUCUACCAAUUGUUGGUCUGAUGAUCUUCUACGUAAUGGACGAAUCGUAACAUCGUUACAGAAAUGUUCACAAGAAUUUCGUCGUAUAUCGGAUAAUUAUAGUGCAUUAUAUCAAUCAUCUUUUGAUGCUGAUCCUAAUACACUUUCAUAUAUUCAAUUAUGUCAACAUAGUUGUACAUUAUUAGCUGAAGUGAUUGAAAAUUUAUUUCAAAAAAGUCAUCGUAUCGAUUCACUUUUUAUCCGAUCAACACGUACGAAUACAGUCAUUCCUAUGAAUCAAAUUAGAACAAAUCAUCAUUCGGAUGAUUUUACGAUGAAUAGUAUAAUUGAACAGAAAGAAAUGGAAAAUGUUUGUACAUUUAUCUCCAAUCUUGUGCAGAAAAAUGAAUUGAUGAGUUUGACAAAUGUUGACCAAAGUCAACGAACAAAUGGUCGGCAAUUUUUAUCAUUAUUUGCAAGACAAAUUGAAAUGUUACUACGAAUUAGUGCUCGUAUGUUGUUGGUUCCAUUGUCAUUUCCACGUUUCUUUUUCCAAGCAAUUCAAUCGACCAGUAUCAAAUUGGAAUUAUCAUCACAACAGCCACGUAAUCUACAAGAUCCAAUCAACAUUGGUCAAAGUGUUCAAUUUGUACUGUACGUCGAAGGUGUUGUUAUUAGUAAUCAUUCAAAAUUGAAAUUAUCAUCAUCAUCAUCGAAAAUGACACCAAUGUCAAUGUCAGAUCAUAAGCUUACAAUGCAAUCAAUGAUGAGAAUGAUACAAAAAACGGACAAACCAUCUAAUGUUGGACAGAAACAAAUGAAAAUAUUCCGUAAAGUAAACAAAAUUCUUCUUACAUUAAAUGCUGUGGCAAUCAACAAUACAAACGAAAUGGCACACAUGUCAUCAAUGCAAUCAACCAUCACUAUGCAUUCGAUUGUUGUACCAGUGAAUGAUUAUUUUCACACACAAUUUUUAUUAUCAUUUCCGAAUAUUAAUCUUUAUAAUAUAUCGGUUGAAACAUCCAUCAUUGAUGAAAAUGAAGCACAAUGGAAAAGUGGCCCAAUUCAAACAAUCACAGCCAAAGUGGUUGAAGAUUAUAAAGCAAUUUAAUUUGAUAUUUGAUAAUAAAUUCUAUAUAUGUCAAGUAUAUUGUAAAUAAAUCAUCAUCAUUGAUAAAUAAAUUGAUAAAAGUCA